AUGACGAGCAAGUCGAUGGCUGAGCGCAGGAAGAGCGACAAUGGCAGCCACCCCAACGCCCAGCCCUUUCUGAGCCCCGAAGCUGCCCAGGGGAGCACCCACACGCACCCGUCCUUCUCCAGCACCCACAGCAGCCAGCUCUUGCCCUCGCCCAUCCCGCCGCCCACGGCCUCGUCGGUGAACUCGCACAACCGCCCGCAGUCGAGGGUCAGCGCCGUCUCGGGCAACUCGCGCAACAGCCAGAGCCAGAGCGACAGCGCCGCCAGGAAGAGCCACAGCCAGUCCGUGUCGAGCACUCCCCACACGCUGGCGUCGUCGAGCCGCACCCUGAGCGCGAGCGCGGAGAACAAGGAGAGGCAGCGCAAUGCCCGGACACUUCCUCCUUGGGUCCAGUCUGCCGACGAAGACGAGCAUGCCGACGCAACCUCCCUCCUGCUGCCGCGCACCCCCACCUCGGUGCGUCCCGCGAGCCACAACUUCAUGCCCACGCCCAAGUCCAACGUGCCCGGCCGCAAAUUCGACCAUGUCCGCGAAGGCGCCCCCGUGACCCUCGGCACCCCAAUGAGCGACAGCGCCCAGAAGUGGAAGCAGUUUGCCCAGGCGUCCUCCCACUUCGGCGACCAGCACGACCGCCCCGUCUCGUCCAGGACAGGCCAGCAAAUUGUCGACGACGACUGGAUGAAGGAGAACAUGCCCGACCUCGAAACGCCCUGGGAGCCCAUCGACGAAGACAAGGGCGACGAGCUCAUGAAAGGCUUCUGGCUCUUCAGCCCAGCCAAGCGGAAGCGCAAGUUCAUGCGCUUCCAUAGGACUAUUAUGAAUCAUCCCAUGGUGCCCGCUGUCGUCCGUAUGAUUGUUCUCGUCUUCUCCAUCAUGGCACUCUCACUUUCUAGUGCCAUCUUCCACCUCUCCAACACCAACCUCUGCCUGAACAACUCGUCCACCUGGAUGGCCAUCAUCGUUGACGUAGUCGCCAUUGCCUAUACCAUCUACAUCACCUAUGACGAGUACACCUCGAAGCCGCUCGGCCUACGUUCGCACAACGCCAAGAUGUCCCUCAUCUUCUUGGACCUAGCAUUCAUUGUCUUCGAGUCCGCCAACUUGAGUCUAGCCUUCCAGGCUCUCACCGACGAGAAGUGGGCAUGUCGAGACUCGAAAGACCCAAACUAUCAGGUCUGCUCAUACACCAGUUCCAUCUGCACGCGCCAGAAAGCCUUGACUGCGACUCUGUUGAUUGCCCUCUUUGCGUGGAUCAGCACUUUCACAAUCAGCACUUUGAGGUAA